CAGUCAAGGAAAUUUUGCAUUUCAUCUGUCUCUACAUGUGUCUGAGUAUAAAUAAAAAGAAAGUGGCCUUACUGAGAGAAAGUGUACCUGGCUUCCUGUUUCUGCCUGCAAGGGAACGUUUUGUUUGUUCUAAAACUCUGGAUAUGCUGGGUCAAUGAACUGUUACUCCAGGAAGCAGAGCUGGGUGGACAAACUGAGAAGACAUUAUUGUGAUGACAAGCAGGAAUACAACACUCUCCCAGAAGUCUCUCAUCUAGGGAAACAUGCAAGAAAGCAACAUUUGUGACUCUUUAAACCACUGACUGUAACCCAGUCCGGGUUUGUCAGUGCCUGCUGAAAAAGUUUUCUAGAACUUUAAAGCAGGCUGCCAGACUGUCCUCAGCAGAAUCCAAGAUCUUCCCAGACUCCUUACCAGCCCUACACACAAAACAAGAUGAUUGACCUAAGCUUCCUAACAGAGGAGGAACAAGAGGCAAUAAUGAAGGUGCUGCAACGGGAUGCAGAGCUUAAAAGAGCUGAAGAAGAGAGAGUCAGGCAUUUACCAGAAAGAGUCAAAGACCGUGUUCAGCUGAAGAAUAUGAGCGGGCAGUGGUUUUAUGAGGCCAAGUCGAGGAGGCACAGGGAUAAGAUCCAUGGAGCAGAUAUUAUCAGAGCCUCCAUGCGCAGGAAACCUGCCACCAUCGCUGAAGUGGCUCAGAACAAAACGAGCAAAGCAAAGAUCAGCUGGGUGAACAAUGUUAAUAAAGAAGUCUUCCAGCCACCAGAUUUACAUGGCAUUGAGGAACAUCAAGAAGAAGAACAACAGAAAACUAGCUGGGGUUCUAAAGAAGUAACCCCUGUGUUAAACAAACCAGAGGAAAGACCUGUGAAGGCAGCAGUCUCAUCAGUAAGGCAAAGGAGAAAUCCCUUUAAUUCCACUGUAUCAGAUGAUAACGUGAACAGUGUGGAAUCAGAAGACGCACCAGUCAUCGUACCUCAGCUAUCAAAGAAGGAAAUUUGGUCACUCUCAGAAGACAGCCCACCUAAAUCAAACUUACAAAAAGAUGAAACAGAGAAACCUGAGAGGCCUUUUGUAGAACUUACUGAUGAACCACAGAAGGAGCUAGUUAAGCGUCCUGUCCCAAAAGCUAGGAAACUAAUUCACAAAGCAGCAGAUUCUGUAUCUCAAAGAGAAGACCUUGUUCCCAAACCAACCAAGCAGAGUGAGGGGGUAAAUGGCAUUGGUACCACACCCAGGGGCAUUCUCAAGCGCAGCUCAAGCUCAAGUUCCACUGACUCAGAAGUUCGGGCCAGUCAGACCUUAGAUGUUCAGAAAAAAAAUGGUUUUGCUACUGCAACUAUUUUUGAAGGGGAAGGUGAGAAGAAUUCUCUUACGGAAGAAGCAGAAAACUCUGCACAAAAUUCACUGGAAAAACUGAAACAAGUGAGGUUUUCAUCUAUCUCAGGUAAAGGAAAACCUCUGCAAAGCCCACAGCUACACCAUGGUAAAGAAAAAGGAGAGCAUGAAACCUUAAAAUAUGACAAAAAAAAGAAUAGUGAAAAUUAUGCUAUUCAAUCAGAUUCACUUGGGGAUAAGCAAAUUCCUGCUGCAAAGCCUUUGGGAACCUAUUCAUCAACUUUAAAAAUUAAAACAAUAGAUGAUUUACAAGAAGACACAUCUGCAUCCAGCCCUUGUGACAGUAACAGAUCAGACUUCCCAGUUAAUGAAAGCUUCCAGACAGAUAUAGUUACUCCCAAGAAACUUGAAACUCCACAGAAGACCUCCAGCAAUAUCCUGUCAAACAGCAGUAAUGAGUGGAGUGUUGAUAAAACACAUGAAAAAAAAUCCAACCAGAUCUUGAGCCAUGAAUCAGAGUCACACAAAAACUUUACUGAUGGACAUCAACUUUCUGCUGAAACAGAAGCACAUGAGGCAUCCAAUACCAAUUCUACAAGUGUUCAACAAGGUUCUGAAGAAGAAUUAAACCCUGUUUUGAUGGCUUUGAAAAGGAGUGCAGAUAGGAAAAAGCCUUCCAAAAGUCUAGAGGACAUUCCAUCAGCCACCUCAACAGAUAAAGAAAAAAUAAAUAAACAAAAGGAAGAAUUAGUUCUUAGUGCUGAAGAUGUUUCCACAGUGACUUCACAGCCUGAUAAACCAUUUUCCAACCCUGAAAAACUCAAAGGGCUGAGCAAGUCGGUACCAUCAUUCUUACAGGAAGAGAGUGAUGACAGAGAGACAGAUACAACAUCAGAAAGCAGUUAUUCCUUUGGCAGAAUCAAGAAGAGUCCCAGCUCUCUAACCAAUCUUAGCAGCUCUUCUGGCAUGGCCUCCUUAUCCUCUGUGAGUGGCAGCCUAAUGAGCAUCUACAGUGCAGACUUUGGCAAUGUGGAUGUGAAGGGGAACAUUCAGUUUGCCAUUGAUUAUGUGGAACAGCUGAACGAGCUCCACAUCUUUAUUUGCCAGUGUAAGGACCUGGCAGUGGCAGAUGUUAAGCGACAGCGUUCAGACCCGUAUGUAAAGACCUACCUGCUUCCAGAGAAAUACAGACUGGGCAAACGGAAGACAUCUAUCAAAAAGAAAACUUUUAAUCCAGUCUAUAAUGAAAUACUGCGGUAUAAAAUUGAGAAGGAGCUCCUAAAGAAUCAAAGCCUCAAUAUCUCUGUCUGGCACAAUGAUACCUUUGGUAGAAAUAGCUUCCUUGGUGAAGUGGAGUUGGAUUUAGGAGCUUGGGACUGGAAUGAUCCAUCUAGUAAGCAGAUCAACUGGUUUCCUCUAAAGCCAAGGACUUCAGCAAUAACUCUUCCUCUAGAAAACAGAGGGGAGAUGAAACUAGCCCUCCAGUAUGUCCCACAUCCAAUAGGAGGAAAGAAGACUCUAUCUACUGGUGAGGUGCAUAUCUGGGUGAAGGAAUGCCAUAACCUCCCUCCUCUGAGAGGCAAUACGCUCAACUCUUUUAUUAAAUGUACCAUUCUUCCAGACACCAGCAGAAAAAGUCGCCAGAAAACAAGGACAGUUACAAAAACUACAAACCCGGUAUUCAACCACACCAUGGUCUAUGAUGGCUUUAGACCAGAAGAUUUGAAAGAAGCCUGCAUAGAACUCACAGUCUGGGAUCACAACAAACUAGCAAACCACUUUCUGGGAGGCCUCCGGAUAGGCCUUGGAACAGGCAAAAGCUAUGGAACUACAGUAGAUUGGAUGGAUUCUACUUCAGAUGAAACUGCCCUUUGGGAGAAGAUGAUGAACUCUCCAAACACCUGGAUAGAAGAUACACUACCUCUCAGGAUGCUUAUGGUUGCCAAAUUGACUAAAUAAGGUGGAUUUUUAUUUGUUAGUGUCAAAAAGAAACCUUGGGAAUGAAAUUGAAAGCAUGGGGGUGGAACCUGGAAGAGGAACACAGCAGUAGCUUUUUUGACAGCUUCUGCUCUGUUACUGUUCUGGUUUUGUGCUGUCAGAUGUCACUUUGUAUUUCAAACAUCUGCUUGCAGAUCGUUGUGUAAAUUGUAGGGAUUUAAAAAUUUCUUAUUCACUGAAAACAACUUCAAGAAAGAAGGUGCUUACAGAACCCAGUGUUAGAGGUAGCUGUGAUACCUGGAUGACUGUGUUGUCUAACUGAAGCAUUUCUGAUCCCUUAAAUGAUCCCAAUAACCAGCAGAAAUAUAAGAGCAAGUCAACUGUUUCUGUACAUUGCUUGGCUUGUUCUUGAAGCCUUACUGAUAAGACAGCAGCAUUAGUGUUAAAGCUCAUUGGUAUGUAUUUGUAUCCUCAUUAUGCCAUGUUAGGUCUCACCAGCAUGGAAUAUGGGCAUGAAGAAUUUAGUUUUUUGAAAGUUCCUCUAGCUGUAAUUGUACAUUUCUAGGACAUGAAAGUUACUUCCCCAAUGAAAGAAGGGUGGCAUGAAGUGGUACUGUUGAUGUCCUGUUCUACAAGAUGCAGAGGACUUAGUUCCAAUGUACUGUAAAAAAUCAGGGUUAUAAAAGGUUUGCUUUAUAUAUGUGUUCAUCAUCUUGUUAGCAUACAAUAUUUAGUCUUAAGUGCUGAAGAUGUGAAGGUGAAACUUUUUUUAUUCCAGUGCUACUCAAAAGGAUCUAAAUGUGCCAAUUUUAGUGAUGACAAGAAUGUUGGGUAUUUAUUCUCCAAAGUGCACUUGUUUGUACCUGUAUCCAUUAGUUUGGGGUUUUUUGCAAGAACUGAACUUACCUGUGCUUCAGCGCCACCGUUAGGAGACUGGGAGGACUGUGGCAGCCUUUGCUUAGUUUUGAGGCAUAGGAAAUAAGACUGGAGUUUUAACUUGUAGAAAUGCAUGCUACUGGUAGAUAAAUACAUAAAAUAAAAAAUAUAUUCCUUUUGUUUUCUUUUUUUAAAUAAAUGCAGACUAUUUAAACUAAA